GAACACAGGGAGAGCCCAGCAGAGACUCCAGGGUGUGCUGCAGACUGAACCCAGCCCACUCUCCUCUCCAGCAUGAAGCUGACCAUGGUCUUUCUGAUGGCUAUCUUGGCUCUAUGUAGUAGUUCAGCUCUUGCCUUUUUCAAGGGUUUUCUAGCCCGACCCCCCACCCUACCUCCUGAGAUCCAGAAAGCCGUGGUCAAGCCCGUGGUGGAGUCAGUCCCUAACCCUGUCCUCAGCAACUUCGGUCUGCUCAGGUUAAUCCUGAGAAGCCUGGGGAUCCCUGUGGACCACCUGGUGGAAGGGUCCAAGAAGUGUGUGCAGGAGCUAGGACCUGAGUCUGUGGAAGCACUGAAGACCUUGCUGGGGGCCCUGACAUAUUUUGGUUGAGAUGCAGCUAGACUGAAGCAGCCUCAAGACAAUAGACAGUAGGAUGCCCAAAUGUGAGGCCCACUGGGCAUGUUCCCAACAAACCUCUAGAACAUUGUGGAAACCUCUCUCUUGGGAUGGGCCCUUGAAUUCCUUUCAUCCAUUGUAAUACAUUUAAUAAAUUGAGUUCAAAGCAGA